CAAUGUGGAGGCUAUAUACAGGGGGUACCGGUACAGAGUCAAUGUGGAGUCAACAACUUGGUGUUGAUCACUAGCCACCAUCACACACAGCAUUCCUUCAUCUGUCACCUCACACAAACACAACAUUCCUUCAUCCGUCACCUUGCAUACAUGUACAUAGCGUGCACUCUGCGGUUAAAAGCCCUCGAGCACUAGAAUCUUAUUUUUGACUAGAGAGAGUGGAAAACAAAAGAGAGCUACUUAAGGACCCGUAAAAGCCCUGAAGCACUGAUUGAGAAUGGGAAACAGAGAGGAGGCAAUGUGCAGGCUCGCUCCUAUCUCCAGCACCACCAGCCGUUUUCUACCCCACACGCGGCUGAACAGGCUGAAGCUCCCAACCACCCACAGCUCCUUCAGUAGGCUGGGAUCCAAGUCAACCUCCCACAGCUCCUUCAGUAGGCUGGGAUCCAAGUCAACCUCCCACAGCUCCUUCAGUAGGCUGGGAUCCAAGUCAACCUCCCACAGCUCCUUCAGUAGGCUGGGAUCCAAGUCAACCUCCCACGUUGUCGACAGGAGCCCCAGUUCCUCCCAGAUGAACAGUGAGCCCUGGGCCAGGCCAAGAUACCAGGACCAAGCUGCAGUUGAACAUUCUACAGCAUCCCACCAGGAACAACAACAGCACCCUGACAAACUGUGUCUGGACUCCUUCUGGAGCGAGGUGGAGGCGAUACGUAGCCAGGGAAGUGGAUACACUGACCUUGACACUGACAGCGCCAGACGAGACUCCAGACACUCUGAAGAGGGGGAGCAGGAGGAGCGGUGGCUGCAGGAUGCCGGUCUCUCCACUCUGAUCAGGCAGCAGAAACCAGACAGAGACAGGGACACUGAGGACCAGGAUGUUGACCAGGCCAUACUGCUGUCCACUCUGACCCGUACGCAGGCCGCUGCCGUCCAGAGGAGACUGGACUCCUACACACUGUCCCUGAGGAAGAGGAGCAAACACCCGCCACGUGACGUCAGGGACAUCUUCAGCUCAUCACCCUCCUCUAUUGCUCAGACACCUCUACCAGAGUGUCAAGACUCUGAGCCUACAGAGCCUAAAUCAUCUCUACCAGAGUGUCAAGACUCUGAGCCUACAGAGCCUAAAUCAUCUCUACCAGAGUGUCAAGACUCUGAGCCUACAGAGCCUAAAUCAUCUCUACCAGAGUGUCAAGACUCUGAGCCUACAGAGCCUAAAUCAUCUCUACCAGAGUGUCAAGACUCUGAGCCUACAGAGCCUAAAUCAUCUCUACCAGAGUGUCAAGACUCUGAGCCUACAGAGCCUAAAUCAUCUCUACCAGAGUGUCAAGACUCUGAGCCUACAGAGCCUAAAUCAUCUCUACCAGAGUGUCAAGACUCUGAGCCUACAGAGCCUAAAUCAUCUCUACCAGAGUGUCAAGACUCUGAGCCUACAGAGCCUAAAUCAUCUCUACCAGAGUGUCAAGACUCUGAGCCUACAGAGCCUAAAUCAUCUCUACCAGAGUGUCAAGACUCUGAGCCUACAGAGCCUAAAUCAUCUCUACCAGAGUGUCAAGACUCUGAGCCUACAGAGCCUAAAUCAUCUCUACCAGAGUGUCAAGACUCUGAGCCUACAGAGCCUAAAUCAUCUCUACCAGAGUGUCAAGACUCUGAGCCUACAGAGCCUAAAUCACCUCUACCAGAGUGUCAAGACUCUGAGCCUACAGAGCCUAAAUCACCUGUACCGGACGAGAGUAUGGAGACCAUCAACAAGACACCACUACAAGAGGUCAGCUUGGACCAGCAGAAGAAGCAUGGAGGUGCCCCAAAAGAGGAGAUUUUCAUCACAGACGUGGCCUACUGCGAACAGGCGGCCAUCUUGUUAAAACAGGCUAAGCUGCCUCAGAUAAAGAACAGCUGCAAGAGGAAGGAGGACGGCACACUUCCUAGGGUGAUCUGCCCCCAGUGUCGUCUGGGUGUAACUCGUAUCCAGGACUUGUCCAACCAGGACAUGAAAAAGGUACGUCAGCUGGCCCUGAUCGACAUGACAGCGCUCUGUGACCUGCUGGAGCUCGAUGUCAAACGACACAAGACCUGCAAGAGGAAGAUCCCAGAGGGUGCCCUGUUUGGGGUUCCACUGGCCACCCUGUUGGAGAAUGACCAGAAAGUCAAACCCACUGCUACCACUCCUCUCAUCCUGCAAGCGCUGCUGUGGUUCCUGGAGAAGCGGGGAGUUGACUCAGAGGGUAUUCUGCGGGUUUCAGGCUCUCAGUCCAGAAUCAAGAAGCUGCAGCAGGACCUGGAACAGAACUUCUACUCUGGAGGGUUCAUCUGGGACGAGGUCAGUCCUAACGAUGUUGCUGCCCUGUUGAAGAAGUUUAUCAGAGAACUACCAUCUCCACUUCUCACCGCAGAGCACCUCAACACCUUCAGUGCUACCAGGGACAUCCCUGAGCUGAAACAGAAGCUACACGUUCUGAACCUCCUCAUCCUCCUACUGCCUGAACCCAACAGGAACACACUCAAGGCUCUGUUGGAGUUUCUUUCCAAGGUAGUCUCCAGAGAGAGGAGGAACCGUAUGAACCUGUGGGCCGUGUCCACCAUCAUGGCCCCCAACCUGUUCCUGUUCCUCCACAAGGCCGUACCCACCCGCCUCACUGACGGGGGGCCAGGGGAGGAGAAAGGACAUGCUGAGAAGGCCCCCAACCUGUUACUCCACAAGGCCGCACCCUCUCGCCUCACUGACGGGGGGCCAGGGGAGGAGAAAGGACAUGCUGAGAAGGCUGCUGACAUCAUGAGGCUACUCAUACGCUACCAGGACCUGCUCUGGACCAUCCCUAACUUCCUGAUGAGCCAGGUGCGUAAGCUGAAUGAGAACAGUAACCUGAAGGUACCAUUUCCCUCUAAGCACACAGUAAAACCACUCGAUCGUCCCCCACCCCCACCAGCCUUGUCGUACAGUAAAGAUCCAGGUGAGCACUGCUUGGACCCAGAGACUCAUCUCCUGGACCUGUACAACAACAACCCCAGUGGAGAGUGGGUCAUCAAACACAAACCGCUGACCACCAGUAAGGGACUGCAGAUAUAAGACAGUCGCAGGAGGAGGGAGAGACCAGCAGGGGGCUCCAAGAGCCAGCCAGAGGAGGAGGGAGACCAGCAGGGGGCUCCAAGAGCCAGCCAGAGGAGGAGGGAGACCAGGUGGAGUGGAGGAGAAGAGGAUUCUGCCACCACAAACCACCUCAAGGCUGAGCCCUCUCUCUGCCCAUUGCAGGGGAGACCAGACUAGGAGAAGUAAAGCAGCUACUGCGGAAAAACACCCCACCUCCAGACUUCAGGUGGAGGAGUGGCUGAGCUUGUGUCUCAGGCUGCUUCCUGGCUUGUCAGCUAAGCUCUCAGGCUCUCAGCCAAUCACUUCCCAGCAUCCGCAGAAGCCCAGAUGGGAAUCUGAUGCAGCUGCCUCCGAGUCUCUCUUUCUUUCUCUCCCCAUUCUCUCUCCAUUCCUUCUACUCAUGCCAUUUGAUCAAAAGGUAAUAA